UUCUCUCUCCUCAAAGCCAACACCGACCAUAUACUCCCUCUCCCCAACUUUUCUUUUUCUGGUAUUAUUUGCUAUUCUCAGUCUCAGGGCAAAAACUUGGUUCCAUGCGCUACCAAGGACUCCAACAACCACCCCUUAACCGAUGUCAUUUUUGAACCCUUUGAAGAGGUCAAGAAGGAGCUCAACCUUGUUCCCACCGUCCCACAAGCUUCCCUUGCUCGUAAAAAAUACACCAAUGACUACAAGGCUACCAUAAAAGAACAAAUCAGCGUGGAGUACAAUGUUUCGUAUGUUUAUCAUGUGAUAUUUGCCUACUUUGAUAGGGAUAAUGUCGCGCUCAAGGGUCUUGCCAAGGUUUUCAAGGAGUCAAGCGAAGAGGAAAGGGUGCAUGCUGAGAAAUUAAUGGAAUAUCAAGUAUAAAUUACAGCUUUCAAUCUUCGAGAAUAUGUUGCAUGUGUCAAUUGAAUAUGCAAAUUUUGAAUCUUAUCUUCUAGAAAGUGAUACUGAGAUUUUUGUGUGUGUGUGUGUGUUAAUGUAAUUUUAAGAACAAACGAGGUGGAAAAGUGAAGUUGCAAUCCAUAGUGAUGCCUCUUUCUGAGUUUGGCCAUGAGAAAAAAGGAGAUGCACUAUAUGGUUAGUGUGUUUGUCAUCCCUUGUUACG